ACUCUUCUAGGAUCAUAGUCUAUACUACUUAUUAAGACUGCAAGGGUAGCCUGCCUCUGACUGUUCUGCCACCCACCAUGGUUGUCCCUCCCGCACGACAAAAAUAUGAGACCUGUAGGGAUCGAACUGUGACCAAUUCUCUACAGGCGCUAGCGCUUAACCACUCCAACUAAGUCUGCUUUAUGUUACGUCACCACACAAGGUUAUAUUGAUAUUCCGUAAAUCGUGAAUGCAUACAUCAAUAGAACGACAUUUCGACGGUAUUCAAAUGAUUAACAUUUGUAAAAGGUCCUACAUCACACAUCAAGAUAUACUCCUCUAUUUGAUUUUUUUCAUUGAACUUCAAGAGAGUGCCUUUAGAGUGAUUGCAGAUAACUAUGUCACGGAUCAUUGUGUUUGCCUUGCUGUUGGGAUAUUUGAGUUGGGUAUGAGCCCUACUUCGGCAAGACAGUGUACCCGGAGCCCAAGCGAUGCCGGCGUACGGACGACAAGAAGUGGCGGUGCUCCAAUGAGGCCGCCCCAGUCUCCAAGUACUGCGAGCGCCAGAUGCACCGCGCCCACAACCGUUCAAGAAAGCAUGUGAAGAAGUGAAUGACGCCAUGGAGCGGCACGACACGACGUGGGAUCACCAGGAGGAGGAUAACCUUGCAGCGUGGCGGCUGUCUUGCAGCUCGUGAGUCACGCGAGAGAAUAGGUUAACAACGGGAAUAGGUUACAGUGAGCAUCUUCAAGAGGAUGCUUAAAAAUUUUCCCCAAAAUGUGAUUAUUAGCGACAGGCAAAAAUUUAUUAGAUGUAGAUUAUAAGUUUACUCCAUCAGUUCACAGAAUAGAACACUUAAAUGAAAACUGGGCCAACUAAUAAAUUUCCAGAGUAUGAAGUAGUCCACUUGAAGGAAGGGCUUGGCCCAUAUUCACGUACGUGAUUUUCAUGUUAUGUUGUGCGCUAGAACAGUUGAACAGGCAGGAUUUAUCGAUACUAGCUAACAGACAGCAUAUGUUUCAUCACGUACUAAGCUACUUGUUAACUUUAAUUCAGCCAAAAUAAUGUA